UCGAUUUCGAAUUUCAACGUGUUGUCGUCGAUUGUUCGUCCGCUCCGUUCGUUCGUUCGAUCGCUCUCUCCCAGUCAGUUUUCGCCGCGUUCGCCGCAGCAGCAACAACACAGAUACACUCGCCGUCGCCACCACGCCACGCCAGUAUAAAAAAAAACAAACAAACAAAAAGCAUAACACACAUAAAAACAUAACAUAACGAAAAACAAAAGAGUUGAGAGGAAACAAACCGAGGAGUAUCGAAGCGAAGAGAUAUAUCCAUGCAUAUAUCUCGGAUAUAUCCAAGUGCCAGUGCCCGAGAAUCUGUUUUUUUAUGGUGUUGCCAGUGCCAAAACAAAGUCCAAUCCAAACAAUAAACAUCGCAUAAAAACAAAAACACGCAAACGAAACCCCCUUUGGAAUACCGUAUACCGUAUUAAGAUAUAGAGUCUGGAUCCCGAUUUUGAUCUGUGCAUCUUGAUCCCUAAAACAAGUUGCCAUUUGGAAUAUAACUAAACGACGACGACGACGCCGCUUUUGCUUCUAGUUUUGUUUGUGUUUUUUUUUCGAUACAAUCAUCAACAACAGCGAAUACCAGCAGGGAUCUCAUAGCAUAUCCUUGAGCUAGAGCUAGGCACUAGCAAUCAUCCUUGGGGAUAAUACAGAUUUAUUCGGAAUACCGGCGGCGCUAAGACACAGCUUCACCGUGGCGCUGCAUUCCACCGAGGCCCUGAUGGCGGCGGGCUUCCUCAAGUCGGGGGAUCUGGGCCCCCAUCCGCACAGCUACGGCGGUCCACAUCCGCACCAUUCGGUGCCCCAUGGACCACUCCCGCCCGGCAUGCCGAUGCCCUCGCUGGGUCCCUUCGGCCUCCCCCAUGGACUGGAGGCCGUUGGGUUCUCCCAAGGUAUGUGGGGUGUAAACACAAGAAAACAGCGUCGCGAACGCACCACAUUCACACGCGCCCAGCUGGACGUUUUGGAGGCACUCUUUGGCAAGACACGUUACCCGGACAUCUUUAUGCGCGAAGAAGUGGCCCUCAAGAUCAAUCUGCCCGAAUCCAGAGUACAGGUAUGGUUCAAAAACCGGCGCGCCAAGUGCCGACAGCAGCUCCAGCAGCAGCAGCAGUCCAACAGCCUGAGCAGCUCGAAGAACUCCAGCGGCUCCAGCGGCAACAACGGCGGCAGCUGCAGUAGUUCAUCCAACAGCCGCAGCAACAACAAUGGCUCCCAGAGCGGUUCCGGCAACAGCAAGUCGGGCCAGAAGCAGAGCCACGCCCAGUCACAGUCCAGCCAGGGCCAGAGCGGCAGCGGUGGCGUAGGAGCAGGCGGUUCUUCCAGCGGCAGCAGCAACUCGGCGGCGGCGGCAGCGGCGGCUAAUGCAGCGGCAGCGGCAGCAACCCAAUCGCUCAAAUCGCAUCACAACUCUUUCCUGAGCGCCGCAGCAGCGGCGGCGGCCAACAGCAGCGGGAAUGGCGGAGGCGGAGGUGGAGGAGGUGGUGGCGGCAAUGGUGGAUCCACGCCCAACAGCAGCAGCAGCAGCAGCGGCGGCGGUGGCGGAGGAGGAGCAGGAAGUCACCUGUCAGCAGCAGCAGCGGCGGCCGCUUUGAAUGUAACGGCGGCACACCAGAACUCCUCGCCACUGCUGCCCACGCCGGCCACGUCAGUGAGUCCGGUAAGCAUUGUCUGCAAGAAGGAGCAUCUCUCCGGCGGCUAUGGCGGCGGCUCAGGUGUCGGCGGCAGCUCCGGCUCCUCGGGCGUGGGCGUUGGUGGCCUCAAUUUGGGCGGCGUUGGUGUUGGCGUCGGUGUGGGCGGUGUGGGUGUGUCACAGGAUCUGCUGCGUUCCCCAUACGAUCAGCUGAAGGAUGCCGGCGGCGAUAUUGGAGCCGGUGGAGUGCAUCAUCAUCACAGCAUCUACGGCUCAGCGGCGGGCGGCAGCAAUCCCCGGCUGCUCCAGCCCGGUGGCAACAUAACGCCCAUGGAUAGCAGCAGCAGCAUUACAACACCAUCGCCACCGAUUACCCCCAUGUCGCCACAAUCGGCGGCCGCAGCGGCGCAUGCCGCCCAGUCGGCCCAGUCCGCCCACCAUUCGGCCGCCCAUUCGGCGGCCUAUAUGUCCAACCACGAUUCGUACAACUUCUGGCACAACCAGUACCAGCAGUAUCCGAACAACUAUGCCCAGGCGCCCAGCUACUACUCCCAGAUGGAGUACUUUAGCAACCAGAAUCAGGUCAACUACAACAUGGGCCAUUCGGGCUAUACGGCCUCCAACUUUGGCCUGUCGCCGUCGCCGUCCUUUACUGGGACCGUAUCUGCGCAGGCCUUCUCCCAAAACAGCCUGGACUACAUGUCGCCGCAGGAUAAGUACGCGAACAUGGUGUAGAAUCUACUCCUGCAGUACUGCGGCGGCAGCACCACCAAUACCAAUACCAAUUCGGGGGGCAGCGGAGGCGAUAGCUCGCCGCUGCUGGAGCAGCAACAUCAU